GUGGAUGUUAUCCAACCAAGGGAUGGCUCUGUUCCUCGGUCUGCGCCAGACUACGUGUUGAACUACGGUCGGAAAUGUCCCGUGUCAUGUACCAGUAACCCAUGCGGAGGUCGAAGCUCAAAACUGGAAAGGCUUAGUAUAAAACCUCAGUAUUGAGUACCCCUUCAAGUGCAAUGAGACUUUGUCUUUGACAACUGUCAUCUACCCUCUUUUUUGUCAUCUUUAAGAUACCCUUGGCGUUCAAAUGUCGAUACAAACGAUCGCAGUCGCCGCUAUUGCGGUGACCUACUUUAUCAUCCGCUACUUGAACCGGACAGACGUUCCAAAGAUAAAAGGCCUCCCAGAGAUCCCCGGAGUCCCUCUUUUCGGAAACCUUCUACAGCUAGGUGAUCAGCACGCCACAGUCGCCGGAAAAUGGGCAAAAAAGUUCGGUCCGGUGUUCCAAGUUCGCAUGGGAAACAAGCGCGUGGUAUUUGCCAACAGCUUUGACUCGGUACGACAACUCUGGAUCAAGGACCAAUCGGCGCUCAUUUCCCGCCCGACUUUCCAUACCUUCCAUAGCGUUGUGUCCAGCUCGCAGGGAUUUACCAUCGGCACAUCACCCUGGGAUGAGUCCUGCAAGAGGCGCCGCAAGGCCGCCGCGACCGCGCUUAAUCGUCCCGCCGUGCAGUCGUAUAUGCCGAUUAUUGAUCUGGAGGCGACCGCGAGUAUCAAGGAGCUUUUCAAGGAUAGUCACAAUGGAACCGUGGAUGUGAAUCCCACGGCCUACUUCCAACGGUUUGCGCUCAAUACUAGUCUUACGCUGAACUACGGAUUUCGCAUAUCGGGGAAUGUGGACGAUGGACUGCUUCGGGAGAUUGUGGAUGUUGAGCGCGGAGUAUCGAACUUCCGCAGUACGAGCAAUAACUGGCAAGAUUAUAUUCCGUUGCUGCGGAUCAUACCCAAGAUGAACCGUGAGGCUGAGGAAUUCCGUGUUCGGCGAGAUAAGUAUUUGACGUAUCUGUUGGAUAUUCUCAAGGAUAGAAUUGCGAAAGGAACGGACACGCCUUGCAUUACAGGAAAUAUCCUGAAGGAUCCGGAGGCGAAGCUUAAUGAUGCUGAGGUCAAAUCGAUUUGCUUGACGAUGGUUUCUGCGGGCCUGGAUACUGUGCCAGGUAACUUGAUCAUGGGCAUCGCCUAUCUGGCUUCCGAGGACGGUCAACGUAUCCAGCAGAAGGCUUAUGAUGAGAUCAUGAAGAUCUACCCAGAUGGUGAUGCAUGGGAGAAGUGUCUCGUUGAGGAGAAGGUCCCGUAUGUGUCCGCUUUGGUCAAGGAAACCCUUCGAUUCUGGACCGUCAUCCCGAUCUGUCUGCCACGAGAGAGCACCAAGGAUAUCGAAUACAAUGGGGCGAAGAUCCCAGCCGGAACCACAUUUUUCAUGAAUGCCUGGGCCGCCGAUUACGACGAGGACCACUUCAAGAUGGCGGACAAAUUCAUUCCCGAACGGUACCUAGAACUGAAUGAAGGCUCUGGUACCCCACACUACGGAUAUGGAGCCGGCUCGCGGAUGUGUGCGGGGUCCCAUCUUGCCAAUCGUGAGCUGUACACGGCAUUUAUCCGACUGAUCAUCGCCUUCACGAUGCAUCCAGCACAGAACCAGGAGGAUCGGCCUAUCCUGAACGCGAUCGAGUGCAACGCAAUUCCAACAGCUCUGACCACAGAGCCAAAGCCUUUUAAGGUUGGUUUCAAGCCAAGAGAUGCUGCGAAGCUACAGCAAUGGAUUGCGGAGAGCGAUGAGCGGACUAAGGAUCUUUAGCCCUUCGCCUUUAUUAAUUUCUUUUCACUUCAGUUUGUGCAUUGCGCCAGCGGUGGGACUUGAAUGCCUUUAGAAUAUGUAUAACUAAACUAUUUUUCUACAAGUUCCGCCCGGUUACCCGAUACGGGUGCCGCCGCUUUUAUGAGGGCAGCACGUGAGUGCUCACGGAGCACAACAGGCUGCUCCGGUCACUCCCGUAUAGCACAGCACCAGCAAGCUGGUGAGUGAUCGAGAGCAGUUUCCUGUUCCAUACUGUACGUCACAUGACUACAACAGGGCCUCUAAAGUGUGUAUAGACUAAAGUUGACUGAUCUAUACAUAUCCCAUUACUUUUAUGAAAGCGUUAUAAAGUCAAGGAUUAAGUAAAUUAAUUUUACUACUACACACGAUAACUAUUUAAAGUAUAUUUCGCAGUCAGAUUAGAUGGAGAUAAGAGUGUCUCAGAUCGAAUAGUGAUUCGGCCUGACAACUAUACAAUAAUACCCUGACGCAGGUGCAUGGACAAAUCGGC